AUGGCCAAGCAGCGGCGCCGGAAGCGAGGCCGGGCCCCCGGGACGAGCCCGACGCCGACAGAAUGCCCCGUCGGUGACGGCGCUCCCUGCGCGGCUGGAAGCUCAUCGGUGGAGGGCUCGACGACGACCAACGCCGGCUUUCUGGAGCGCUGUGCGCAAGGCGACAUGCGUCUCUUGCCUCUCGGUGCUGCCUCUGCCUCGCUCGAGGCGCUGCGCGACCGCGAUGGCAACAAUGGCCUCCUUCUCGCGGCUUUCCACGGACACCUCUCGCUUCUCCAAGGUCUGCACGCCAGCGGCUUCAACUUGCACGUCAUCAACGACGGCGGCGACAACGCACUGCACCUUGCGGCGUUCCAAGGCCACCACGACGUCGUGGCCUGGCUGGAGCAGCACGGCGUCGAGAUCUCGGUCGACGACGCCGUCGUGGAAGGCGAUCUCGACGGGUGGGGCCGCGCCGCGACAUCCUCCAUGUACUUGGACCUUGUCCGCGCGGGUGACGUCGCGAGCCUCGACGCACUCGUCACCAACGUCGGCGCCCAUAGUUUUCCGUGGGCCGCCCGCGGCGACCAUCACAUGAGUGCUCUCGGCCUCGCCGCCGAAGCCAACCAGCCCGCGAUGCUUUCGUACUUGGCGACUACCGGCGGGCUGCGCCUCGACGACCAUGUCAACAACCGCCGCGACACGUGUCUGCAUAUCGCAGCCAUGCAUGGCCACCUCGAUCUCCUUCGCUGUGUAGCGCCACAGGUGGAUAUGGAAGCGAGGAACGCGCAGCGAUGGACGCCCAUGGACACGGCGUGUCUGUACGGCCAGGCGUCGAUCGUCGACUACUUCUUGGCUCAUACCGGCGUCGUCGUAUCGGUGGCACACCUCGCACUCGCACUCGAAGGCGGCGCCGCGUCGACACGCAUGCUGGACGAUCUUCUCCAGCGGGCACCUCAGCUCGUGCAGGCCCGGCAUGGCUCGGCGCAAGAGACGCUGCUGCACAUUGCAGUGUCAUUACGUCAGCGCGAAGCCUGCAACCUGUUGCUGCAAAAAGGCGCCGACGUCGGCGCUGUCGACGGCAGCGGCUGGACGCCGUGGCAUGUGGUCCUACACACGCAGUGGGCAGCGGGUGUCGCCCUCUUGCUGCCGCCGAGCCGGUCGACCGCAGCAACGUGGCUCCCGUUUGCCGUACAGCACGCGUCCACGGCGAUGCUACUGGAGAUGUACGACCGCCUCGCGUCGCCCCAAGCGCUCUACCAAGCGGCCGUCGACAGUCGGCGCAACGAUGUGGUCAUCGCGAUCGACGCUCGCCACGAAGCACAGGCCAAUGCGAUGCUGUCGCAGCUCGUCGCAUGUACGGUGACGCGCUCGACCGCGCCACUGCCGAGUGCGAUCCCGACGCCUGUCGCCAGCGAAUCGACCGACCAACCGACGUCCGAGACGACAGAAGACGACGACGACGACGACGAUAGGAACCUUUCGCCAGCACUCAAAGCAUCACCCCUGCAGGUGCAUGAGAUGCUGGCCAUUGGUCUGGCGCGAGGCCACCACGACGAGUGGGGCGAUGUGCUGGUUCAGAUGCUCUCGCCGCGCGAAGCAGCUGCGGUCCGGCGCUAUCACCAGCAACUACUGCGCCUUCGCAGCCGCCCGGCGUCGCUUCUACGGUACCUCGGGUCCGUCGACGGUGCGACGGACAAUGCCGACACGGCACUGCUCUUCGAGUCGCCUGCAAGUAUGACGCAAUCCGCGACGGACGGUCGCACGUUUGCCGGGGUUGUCGACGCUGUCGUCUUCUUGCACGAACACGGCCAAGCCCACGGCGCCAUCACAUCGCACUGCAUCUUUCUCGAGGCGGGUGCUUCCUCCAAGCUGUACGUUGCGCCGGUCGGUGCGCUUCCAGCACCAUCGCGCCCACCGCCCGAGCUCCAUGAGAACGCCGACAUGGACGCCUUCGCCGCUGAUGUCUUCAGCCUCGGCCAGGCACUCGCGUUGCUCGCGCCGACACCCCUGAGCGCUGAGUGUGUCGACCUCCUCGAUGCCAUGACGGCGCUCGAUCCAGAUGCUCGCCCCCGGAUCGACGAGGUCCGGCGCCACCCGUGGUUUUGGUCGAUCGACGACAAGCUCGCUUACCUCGAACGGGUCGCCAACCAAGUUUCGCUGACGGCGUUCCCGCCAUGUGUCUACCGGUGGCAGACGCGGUUGCCACCUGCGGUCGCCAGUACCCUCGCGAGCCACCGAGUGUACAGUGACACGCUGCCCGACCUCGUGCGCUGGGUGCGCAACAUGAAGCAACACAGCCGCGAGCACGCGCCGGGUGUGUGGACCGCGCUCGGUCAAGGCCGCGCCUACGACGCUGCGACCCACCGUGGCCAGAUGCGCUGCCUCGGUGAUUUCGUCACUCGGGCAUUUCCAGAUCUGAUCUGUCGACUCUGGCGCACGCUGGGCGAGGUCGCGUAA